AUGUGUAAGGUAGGCUUUGCCGAUGAUGAUGCUCCGCGCUGCGUGGACCAACCCCGGCAUCAGGGUGUGAUGAUCGGCAUGGGUCAAAAAGACACGUACGUGGGGGACGAGGCGCAGUCAAAGAGAGGGAUACUCACCCUCAAGUACCCCAUCGAGCACGGUAUUGUCACCAACUGGGACGAUAUGGAGCGAAUCUGGCACCACACGUUCUACAACGAGCUGAGAGUUGCGCCGGAGGAGCACCCAGUCCUCAUGACGGAAGCCCCCCUGAACCCUAAGGUCAACCGAGAGAAGAUGGUCCAGAUCAUGUUUGAGACGUUCAACGCCCCUGCCUUCUACGUUGCUAUACAGGCUGUGCUGAGCCUGUACGCGUCGGGUCGCACGACUGGAAUCGUCCUGGACUCCGGAGAUGGCGUCUCCCACACGGUACCCAUCUACGAAGGCUACGCCCUCCCUCACGCCAUACUCAGGCUCGACCUGGCUGGCCGUGAUCUCACCGACUACCUCAUGACCAUUCUCACAGGUUUGGACGUAGACAUCCGCAAGGACCUCUACAACAACAUCGUCCUCUCUGGGGGCACCACCAUGUUCGCGGGCAUCGCUGACAGGAUGACCGCUGAGGUGGCCUCCCUCGCCCCAGCUGCGAUCAAGGUCAAGGUGAUCGCACCCCCAGAGCGGAAAUACUCUGUCUGGAUCGGAGGCUCUAUCUUGGCAUCUCUCUCCACCUUUCAACAGAUGUGGAUAAGUAAACAAGAGUUUGAUGAGGCUGGCCCAGCUAUAGUACAUAGAAAGUGUUUCUAACAACAGAUCCUAUUAUAGUCCGGCUUACUGUCUAUUUCGUAGCUCACCCAACUAAUGUGUAAUGAGAUAUAAGCGUACCAAAUAUUUUACUAACUUAUACAAAAUAAUUAUCCUGCUGUCAAUUUCCUUAUUAUUCCGUUCGUCUUUUCUACUUUGUUUCACUUGACUUGAAAAUGCAAAUUGAAUACAUGUUUUCUGUUAUCUUG